CUCAGCACCUCACCCACCGAAUCACUAUUUUCGCAUUUCCUCUUUCAUUUUUCUUCAUCGACAGCUUUUCUCUUCUCACGAGUCAAUGGCGACCUGGAAGCUCCCUCUUCUCCUCCUCGGCCUCUCUCUCCUAGCCGUCUCCGCCACAGCCCGACCCUGCAAUACCCUCUUCUUCUUCACCUCCACCUCCUAUCACCCCAUUCCCGCAUCAACCCAUCCUUCAAACCCUAACCCUAACCCUAAUUUCUCCCUCCAAUACACUUCCUUGAAUUCUCCCCGAUUCCUAACUUUCUUCUUCACCACAUCCAAUCCCCUCAACGGAGACAGCAAGGUCCGAUUCAACAAGUUUCUCGGUGGUCGCAAAGCUAUUUUCGUCGACCGUAUCGGCGGCGAAGAAGAAAAUCAGCUCGUAGAAAGAGAAGAAGAAGAUGUAUCGAAGCCCAUGGAGUUUUACUCGGCCGUCACAAGCUCGAUUCGUGACCGAUCAAAGGAUAUCAUGAGGGUUAUGGGAGCUAUGCUUUUCGGCGCUGGUUGUGGCGCUUUAACUGCUGCCAUGAUGUACCUGAUCUGGUCUCUGUUCUGGCCCACCGCUUUUGAUUUUGAGGAGGAUUCCGACGAUGAUGACGAUUUCGAUGAUGACGUUAGCCCUAAAAAGUUGGGAGGAUACGUGAUUCUUCCUACUAAGGUUGUCGAUGAUGAUCUGAAGAAGCCGGCUAAGGAGGUGGUUUGAUGGGGGGUGGUAUCUGUAAGUGCAUAAACGGUUUAUCUUUCUGGUCAUCUAUGAAUCCAUGUGAAUGCAUAUUUUACUGUUAAUUGUACUGAAUAUUAUGAAAAGGCUUUUAAUUGUACUGUGAUUUCACUUUGUCAUCCUUGUGUAAAAUACACUUGAUGAUUUAAGGGAAUCCGUAAGUUACUGGUCACCAAAUGUUACGGAGUAGGUCCCUUCUCCAUUGCAUUGGAUUAUAUGCUGUAUAAGUUAUUUACCUUAUCAACAAAAGUUUUACUGCA